GUUAUGGAUGUAGGUGGUGCUUCUGCAAGUGAUAUGGCCUUGAUAUGGCAGGACAUUGUGAAAUGUCAACUCUGUUUGGGAACAAUGAAUGAUCCCCGUUCGUUACCCUGCUUGCACUCGUAUUGUCUAUCUUGUCUGGAAGAAUGGGCCAAAGGCUCCAGCGCUCUGAUUUGUCCUUUCUGUCGGUCUGUCAGUGCUACGCAACAUAUAUCAUCUUUACCUGUUGAUUUCAAAGUUGCUAAACUAAUUGAAACUUUGAAUAUGAACUCUAUCAAUUCGCAUCCAUCGCCGGAUAGAAAUUCGGGCAAUGUCUGCCUCGAUCAUCAGAGAUCUUGGGAACUAUUUUGUUCCGCCGAGGGUUGCUUAAAGCCCAUUUGCUACAAGUGCUCUAUUACUACUCAUCGGAAUCACCCGAUGGCUGAAAUUCCAGAUCAUUUCAACUCACUUUUGGAUGAUUUAUCCAAAGUUCAAUUGAAAACCCAUGAAACAAUUGGAAAUCUUAAUAGCUACAGCAAUAAAAUCACGAAACUUGAAACUAUCGGCGAUAAAUUGAAGACUGCAAUAGACACAGUUGUAACUGAGUUGUUGACAAAAGACAACAAUGAGAUUGCUGACAAGUUGAAUUCAUCGUUCAAAUCCCAAACCGAUGAGAAUUUCUUCCAAUUGCAUGACCUUCAAGCCCGCGCUGGAAAUGUUAGAGAAAAAUUAGUGAAAGUUAUGAGUGACCCCAAAGCUAGCGAAAAUAUUCGCGAUAUGCACACUGAAGUAAAUUCAGUGACCUCUCAGCUGAGCAGACUAUGUUCAGAUGCAAAUUCCAGAGUUGAGAAAGAUAUGUUGUCAGAUGAGGAAUUAGAAAAAUUCAGCCAUCUAUGCUUGAGACUGUUGACAGUGGAGAAAAAUGGAGAACACAUGACUGCUGAAAACUUUGUGCCUGAAAAUGGAGCUGGUGUGUACCGUCCUCCGAAAGUGAAACUAGUAUUCAAAGCUGUAAAUUUCCCUCUGGAACAUCACGUGCAGGUUCAGGACGGUGCUUGUGUGGAGAACAAAAUGUUCAUCAUCGACAAAAGCAACCACUGGGCCAAGGCAUAUGAUCUUGGUACUGGACGCUACUUGUACAUAAGUCAUAGGCAGGUUGUGAAAAACCCCUACAGAUUAUGUGCACUGCCACUGGAUCACAAAUUGGUGCUACUGGAACUCAAGGCUGCUAAUGGUAACGGAGAAAAUGGUGGCAACGGGUUCUCUUCUUCCUCCUCGAUGAACGGAAAUGGCAGUACUAGCAGUAGCUCAAAUAGCUCAGCCAGUGGUAAUGGAAACGGAAACACGCAUCCGGUGAAUCCGGCAACUGCUCAGAGGAAUCUAAGUAUCGUGAACCUGGAUUUGAAGAAGAAAGAGGCCUUUGUUCCAGAAGUUGAAGGAAUUGUAUGGGAUGUGACUACUUGCCUGAGAACUAGCUUAAUGUACAUAGUAGUGAAGCCAUGUGCUAUUUAUCGACAGGUUGAGCGUAAGAGUACUAAGUUCGACUUUUUAUUCGACGUUCCGAACUGCCAACCAGUAGCGCAGAUUGCAGUUUGUCCAGUGUCUGGUAAUAUUGCUGUCGCCAACAGCAUGGAGGGAAAGAUCUCCGUGUUUGACCAUGAUGGAAACGCCUUAUGGAGAUACCCGGAUGGAUUCAAAGUCAACUUCAAACGACUACAGUCCAUCGGAUACGACUUCCUGGGCAACCUUCUUGCAGUGGACAACUACUAUCAACAAGUGCAAAUCAUUUCCAAACGAGGUGCCAUGCUCAAGAUGCUGCACGGGCGGGGACUCAAGUUCACCAACCCAUUAUGUACAGUGCCAGUGAACCCUGACGAACUGGCCAUUCUUGCCGAAUCGGGAGAUGUGGUUGUGGUCGACAGCUACAUAAAGCUCAGCUAGAAACUGAUCAUAAAUCAAAGAACCGUCUCGCGAGGAGAUCCACUUAAGUUACCCAACCCAAACCCAAGUACCCCCAUCGAAUAUCGAACCGAAUACCUAGACAUUGCUAACUAGUCUUUUUAAUAGCGCAUUGGAAUUUAUAAUCGCUGAAUAUCAAAUGCAACCUCAAUUAGUAGUGAAAGCGUGUUAAUAUUAUGUAGCAAGCAAUUGCAGUGUGUCCAGUGUUAUUACCGAUUACUGAUUUAUAAACUCUGAUUUGAUUUUGACGUUUCUACUUUAGCCUAGAAAACUGAUGCUGAAUGUGCUUAAACUUUUUUAUUAGAAUUUAGUGAAGUAAAUUUAUGUUAUGUUCUAUGAAGGUUUCCGGCAGAUAUGACAGCAUCACUUAAGAAGACGCUCAUUUGCAUGGGGAUUUUAAGAAAAAUUUUCUAUCAAAAUUGGGCAAUUUUAUUCACAACUUAGGUUUUAAGGUUUGCGUGCCUUGUUUUUGAGAAAAAAGCGCCCAAUCUGAGAACUGCUUCAGUCUUGUUUAGUACAUGCAGUCUUCUUAAUGUUCUGUCGUCCUAUUUACCCAGCUCCUUCUAUGAAGUGUCAGCGGAAGUGAAGUAAUUCGUUUGGCGUUGAUGACUCAACAUGCUCUUAUGUCUUUUGACCGGAUCAUCUAUCAAAGUAAUUCCCUUCGGUCAUUUCUGUGCUGUUAAUGGUUUUAAUCUGAUUAUAGACUCCCAUGUUUUGUGCUUAAGAGUAAUAGCAAAGAAAUUAAUGAGAAGCUUAAAAUUAUCACUUUUGGUGACUGGUGUUUGCUGUAAAACAUUGAAAUGCAAUUGAAUUUUCUUUCCUUUCACUUCUGCAACGUUUUAAACUAGUUAGUAUUUUUGAUGCAAAUACGAUUUCAUUUAUGGGCUGAAAGAUCAAUUGGUAACCCUUUCAAAAAGUUUAUAUCAAUUCUUAUACUAUUUCGUUGGAAGCAUAAUCUGUAAGAGAUAUGAGUAUCUGUAUACCUACUCAAAAAAAAUUUUAUAAAUAAAGGGUCUUGCUAAAUUGGUCUGAUUAAUGAUCUUUAAGGUGCGUUUCAUACAUUGCAAUAAGGGCAUUUGAUUUAAUGACAAGUGCUCAAAAAACAUACCAAAUUUUGAUAAUGUUUACACUAGCGAAGUGUUGUCAUCUACAUAAUCUGUUGAAUUAGAGCUUUUGAAAUUCUAGGAUUUUUUCGCGGAUUACAAUAAAAUGUUCAACGCAGAGUGAUGUUGAGCUGUAAUCUCAAUAUUUAUAAUAUUUUGGUUUGUGAUUUUACGAAUAUUGAGUUUGGAUGUUCAUAAAAAGAUCGGACUUCGCUGGUGUUUGCGAACUGCCUCUUCGCAUCCGUGUAAAUAUAUUGAUGAAGUAUUCUGAACAGGUCAAAAAUGUCACAAUUCUAAUUUUUCGAAAACUACAUGAAUUUCAUUUCAAAUUAGUAUGCAUUCUAAACUUGUCGAAAUGGCAGGCUGUGUGCUGUUCUGAAUUUGGCAUUUUUGACCGGAAAAUAUAAUUCCGCAAUUGAUUUUUUUUGUUAACCUGUUAUUGAAUGUGAUACGACUAACUGAUUAUCGAAUAAUAUUUACUUGUACUUUUGUUCCUAAAACUAACCAUUUGGAGUUUUACAAUGCAUAACUCAAACCAACUCAAUGAGAAUUGUUUUGCUAA